CCUCGCUCCGAUCCGCCGCUGCUAGGAAGAAGAGAUGGCGGCUAGGGCGGUUGUGGGCGCAGUGCUUAGCGCUGUGACGCAGAACGUGGUGGAGCUAGCGGUCAAAAUACUUGUAGGGAAGGGAUGCGAGCGGUGGCAUGGUUUCCCGGCGAGCGACAUCGAUUUCAUCAGAAGAGAGAUGCUGAUGAUAGCGGCAGCCGAGGAGGAUCAUCUAUCAGGAAAGGGCGACCCAAGCGCCGUGAAGUGCAUAUCCAUGGAAGAGAUGCGCGAUCUAGCGCACGACAUCCAGGACUGCCUCGACCGGAUCCUGCGUUACGCUGAAGGCGAGGGGGAGACUUCACUCCUCCAUCGACUCAUGGCGAUCGGCAGACCUCCGUUUGCCACCGAGGUCAGGCAACUCAAGGACCGGCUCAUGGCUGCACAUCAACGAGAAGUCGACUACAACGUCAACGGCAGCCAACCGGCGGACGCCUCCUCGUCGGCGACGUCCCAUUAUUCCCAAGCGGACACGGAGACGACGACCAGCAGGGUCGUCGAACUAGCUGUGGGCAUCGACAAGCCCAAGCAGGAGCUUCUCGAGCUGCUCCUCAUCGACACGGAGGAGGGCACCCCGAAUUCGAAGCACCUGAAAGUGAUCUCCAUCGUGGGUUUCGGCGGCUCGGGGAAGUCCACGCUCGCCAAGGCACUCUAUGACUGCCCCGACGUCGCCCACCGAUUCCCUUGCCGAGCUUGGGUUGUCGUCGGACCUGAGCACAGGGGCAACAGCAAGGGCUUCCUCACGACCUUACUGGAGAAGCUCCGCCCAGGAGACUCAUCGACGAGCCAUGUCCAUCAGGCCAUGGUCCAGGACGGUAUCAGAAACUACCUGAAUACUAAGAGGUGA